AUGGGCCCCGACCCCAACCCCGGCCCCUGGCCCUGGCCCCAAGGGGAGGCGCAGCACGGCACGAAGGAGCGGUACCAGCUCGGUUUGCUGCUGGGGUGUGGCAGCUUUGGCAGCAUUUGGGAGGUGACUCGGCUCUCGAACGGUCUUCUGGUGGUCAUCAAAAGGGUGCCAUGGAACCACAUCCAGCACUGGGGCAAGCUGUCCAAUGGCACCAGCGCACCAGUGGAGAUCGUGCUGCUGGACAAGGUGUCCACUGGCUUCCCUGGAGUUCUCCAGCUGCUGGAGUGGCUUGAGCUCCCCAACGACAUCCUGAUGGUGCUGGAGCACCCGGAGCGGUGUCAGGACCUCUGUCAUUUCAUUCGGUCACAGGGGUUCCUGUCAGAGGAGGUGACACAGGAGCUGUUCAGCCUGGUGCUGGAGGCCAUGCAGUACUGCACCAGCUGUGGGGUCCUGCACAGGGACAUCAAACCGGAGAACAUCCUGCUUGACCUGGCCACCUGGCAGGCAAAAUUGAUUGACUUUGGCUCUGGCACCUACCUGCAGGACACAGCCUACACUCACUUUACAGGAACACCGUCCUACAGCCCGCCAGAAUGGACCCACUUUGGCUGGUACUAUGGCAAGCCAGCUACCCUCUGGUCCCUGGGCAUCCUGCUGCACCAGAUGGUCUGUGGGGAGCACCCUUUCAGGAGAGGCCAGAACAUCAGCUGGAACCAUCAGCUCUCGCUGCCACAACAGGUCUCUCAAGGUGACCUCGUGGCAAGGUCGUGGGACUUGGUGGCCCGCGGCCUUCCCGAGGCUUCUCUUUUGCAGGUGCACUCACGGCCGGACCGCGGGACUUGGUGA